AUGACGUCAAGCGAUAAAAGUUUUUCAAAAAGUCUUAGCAUGUUCGCGGAUAAAUGCAAUCAGGAAGUCGAGACGAAUCACUUCCUUUUAUCGCAAUGCGAUAAGAAGACCAUUGAUUCAAAAUCAACACGAACUUCUAAAAUAUUUGCUACGACAGUCGAAAUGUAUCUGAGAAUAAAACCAACACCAUCGGUGCUUCAACAAAAUUAUUUCAUACUCAAUCCGAGAACUCUUUUGACGUUCGAGAAUAAAUUCAUUCGGAAUUCGAAGUGUACGAAAUCAAGUGAGGCCGAAGGUAGACGGCACGCUUUUACAAAGAUCUUUAGAUCAAAAACUUCGCAGGAGGAGAUGUUCGAGGGAUCCAUAAAACAUCGAGUCGUGGAGUUCCUCGGCGGUAAAAGUUCGACCAUUAUGACUUACGGCAUGAGGGAUUCCGGGAAGACUUAUACGCUGUUCGGCACGCCUGCAUCACCCGGUAUAAUAACGCGCAGUAUCGAGCUUGUGUUUUCGGCGAUAAACUGCACCAUAGCGCCGUGGUACAAGCCGUUUAGGGAUACCAUGCUUUGUCUGAGCGAGACCGCACGAGCUUUUGAGAUGCAACAAAAAACGCGAGUAUUAAACGGACGAUCGUUGGAUACAAAGCAGAUAUUUACGGAGGCUAAACAAUAUCUAAAAAAUUUGUGGCCAGAGAACGCGAAUUCUGACGAAUACGAGGAGUGCUACAACAGCGAAUCGAUGUAUGCUCUGUGGCUGUCUUUCGUGGAGAUUUACAACGGUAACGUUUACGAUCUGUUGGAUGAUGCGGAAACUCACUCCCCGUUGAGACUAGCCGUGAGCACCGAAGGGCGAACUUACAUUUGCGGUUUGCAGAAGGUGCACGUCAUAACUGCGUUGGAAGCCUGUCAGAUUCUUAUAGCGGGCCAAUCGAAAAUGAUCUCCCGAUCGCACACCAUUUUUACAAUGGAACUACUAAAAUAUCAGAAAGAUCAUGCAACGGACGAAGUGGUACUUAGUACAUUGACCUUCUGCGAUCUGGCUGGUUCUGUACAAUUUGAAAAAUCAGACAUGCGCAAAGCGAGCCACAUUAACAAUAGUCUGUUGGUACUUGGUAGAUGUCUCAAAGCUGUAGGUCACAAUCAAGUAGCACCAUUUCGCGAGUCGAAGUUAACGAGAAUAUGUCAACCUGCUCUCUCGGGUCAAGAAAAUUUGAGUAUUAUAGUGAAUAUCGCUUUUACAUCAAAUAAUAUUGAUGAAACGCAGAACAUUUUUAAUUUCUGUGAUAUUGUUAGAAAGUUUUUAACUGAUCAUUAUAAGGAAUGCAAAGCAGUAAGCGAAUUUGAAGAAACUAUCGGAGAUUUAGAAACGUAUGCCGUUAAUAUUACAUCAUCGUGUAAUCAUCGAAGCUCUGAGAUCCUAGAGAUAAUUAACUGUGACGAUUCGGCAUGUAAAAAUAUACGAGAAGAGAACAGAAGGCUGAAACGAGAAUUGGAAAUUGCGAGAAGUGAAAUGCUAAAUAACGAAUAUGUAAUUCGACAACAACUAGCCGAUCAUUAUUCAUGCGUGAUUAAAAAGCUGGAAGCGACUUACAAAGAACGUGCCAAGGAGAUCGAGAUUGAGGAACACGAUCUAUUGAAAUGGUCUGUCAAACGGGUCGAAAGCUUUUACAAGGAGCGCAUUGAUAAUCUGAUGCGGCAUAAGAAAAGAAAGCGAGGAGAUAAUGGUGAUUACACCGAGGACAAUCACGCGCUUUACGAAGAGCUCAAAGCUGAGAAUACGCAGGUUACUUCCAAAGUAAUGGUUCUGAAAGAAGCGGUGAAGAAAUUGAGGAAAGAGAACAAGGCUAUCCUGUGCGAAAAGAACAAAUGUAGCUUCGAAUUGGCUUUGGUAAUGGAAGAAUUGAAAAAGUUUCGACAGCUCAUGCGAGCCGGAAUUCGAAAGUGGGGUGGCAACAGUGAAAACAUCGAGGACAAUGCCGAUUGUCUCAUGAACAAUCUGGAACAGUUAAUAGACGAAAAAGUAAAAGGGACCGAGAAGAAACUUGAAGAGAUCAGCGCAAUGGAGAACAAAAAUGUUGAAAUUGCUUCAAGAGAAAAACAAAGAUCAUUAAAAUCUGAGGAUCUUCUGAAUGAUAUAUUGAUCAAAAUGAAAGAAAUGGAGAAAGAACUUUUACGCAAAGAAGCUUACAUCAUCCAGUUGCAGCAUCAGAUGCAAGGAAGACAGUUUGCUGAAAUUCAAUGCUUGAAUGAUACAAAAAAUAAGGAUAUAAAAAAUCAAAAAUGCAAAUGUGAUCGAUCGACAAAUAUUUCAUUUGAUGAUACGAUAAAUAAUUUUUUCCAGGAUAACGCGUUUACUGAGAAAAGUUCUUCACAGAUGCCGUGCAUCAGUUCAUCUGCAGUUGAGCAACAAGAAUUGAAUGAUUGGAUUAUUAUUCCAAAGUUGUUUGCUACACAAAAUUGUGUAGAAUCAAUAAGAAAGAAUGAUUCUAACAUGUUUGACGAUCGUAAAAGUUUCUUCGAAAAUAAUGGUAGUAUGGAUUGUAGCGUUUCUAGAUCGAGCGAUAGAAGCAGCAAAGAUGAUUCGGGUAUAAGUAGUGAAUUACAAAACGAAAGUCGAAGAUCUAUCAGCGUAAGUGACAAUAUGAGUACGCACGAAGACAAGUGUACACAAACUUGCAUCGUCGAUGAAGAUAGUCAUAUUGCUGCAAAAGAUAGCGUUGAACAGUUCAAAAUAGAUUGCACCUUUUCGAAUAGAUGGAAUUAUCAAGAAAUGUUAUAUAUUGCCAAAUUAUCUCGGGAUCUAGAAACCAGAGAUGCAAUUUAUGCAUUAGAUGAAACGGCUUGUGUGAAUGAAUGUCAGUUAUUGUAUGAAAAGGAAGCUUUGGAAGAAUUGAUCGAGAAGAAGAGUGAAAUUGCGAUCAAACGUGAUGAUUUAUUUAAGAUAAUAGAAAAUAAAAUAGAAGAAUAUAAACAUGAGAUUCGUGAAUUGAUUCACAAAUUAGCACUCGAAAGCCUGGAAGAAGAAGUAUUACAGAAAACUUUACAGAUAAACAGACUCGAUGGAAAGAUUGCUAAAAUGCAACAUGAGUUAGCGAAAGUUCACGGAUUGUUUCAAAAGGUACACGAUUUUGAGAUUAUUCUGAACAAAUGUCAGAAAGAUAAAAAUAAGCUUUGCAGACAAUUGUGUGAAUAUUCCGAGACCCAAUUGACUUUCGAGGAUAAACUGAAGGAAUUAACAACGAAGAUAACAGAAAGAGAGACUGAAAUUAUUUCGUUGAAAAGUGAAGUACGCAAUAUAAUAGAUCUAAAUAUCGCGAACAAGGAAAAAGCCAGAAAUCUAAACGAACAAAUUACCGAAGCUAGUGAAAAUAUUAGUUUGGCUAAAGAAAACUUGCAUUGUUGUGAAGAUUUAUGUAAAAAUGUAGAAAAUACGAUAAAAGCAGAAAUUCAUGAUUUCACACCUCAGUUCUCAGAUCAGAAAAAUAACACGAUACUGCUGAGCGAAAUUUGUAAGACUUAUAGUGAUAGUCAAAAUGAAAUAACUCGUUUAAAAAUGCAUCUAGAACAUAAAGAACUAGAAGCAAUUCUAUUUAAGAUAAAUAAAGAUACCACAAUAAAAAAAUAUGAGAGUCUAAUGAGACAUUUUGAAAAUAAAAUUGAAGAGAAGAAUAAACACUUUAAAACUGCUUAUAAUGCAAAUAAUUCAGGAAGAUCUCCUGACAAUCAAAGCCAACCGAAAGAAUCCUUUAAAGACAAUGAAGUUGAAAGUUGUUUCAUAAAUUCUUGUUACGUUCCUAAACAUGUUAAUCCAGAAAUAUUAAAUAUUUCAGUUUCAAGUGAUGAUUCUAUGAUUUUAUCCGAAGAAAAAGAUGGCAUUAAAUUCGAUGAUAACGAAUCUUAUCAGACAGAUGGCAGUAUAAAGUCAUAUGCAUGUUUACAUGUAAAUGAAACUGAUAGUUUAGAAAUGGAAAAUAAUUUCAAUAUAAAAUUACCAAAUACUAAAGAUAAGACGAAAAUAUUAGAUUGGACGAAAAUUAGAAGAAUUUCUGGUAAAACUUUUCUCUCGCGACUUUCCGAUAAAUACAUAGAUAUUAAUAGUAAUUCAGAAAUUGAAUGA